AUCGAUUAUGUGAUUAAUCGAUCUUAUAUCGCCAUCCCUUGCCCGUACCUUUGCAGACUUAGUAUAAAAUUUUCUGUGGUUUGGAGCUUACCGGACGGAACGGAAGACUUAAUCAAAAGACAAGAAAAUAUAUUAAUUGAAAAUGAAGAAAGUGGUGAUAUUUGGUUCUACCGGCAUGACCGGCCUUUGCGCUUUGGAAGCUGCAGUCAAGAAAGGUCUGUCAGUGCGUGCAUUUGUGCGAGAUCCAUCUAAAGUACCGGAAAACCUGAGAGAUAAGGUGGAGAUUGUCAAAGGAGAUGCUGUGUCAGAUCCACAGUCUGUCAAGGAUGCUGUGGAAGGCAUGGACGCUGCCAUCAUUAUUCUUGGCACGAGGAAUUCUCUUGAACCUACCACGGACCUGUCAGUUGGCACAAAAAACAUCAUAGAUGCCUUAGUUGAGAAGAAUGUAACGAAGAUGUCUGUGUGUAUGUCUGCGUUCUUGUUUUAUGAGCCAGACAAAGUCCCUGCAAGAUUUGUGGACAUCAACGCGGACCAUGAAAGGAUGUUUGAGAUAGUAAAGGAUUGCCCACUGGACUGGAUUGCUGUGUUCCCGCCGCAUAUUUCAGAUGAGCCGAGCCGCGAAAUAAUAGUGGAGGUGAACCCAGAGAAGUCUCCUGGCCGUGCUGUGUCCAAAUGGGAUCUCGGGCAGUUCUUCGUUGAUUGCCUCAGCGAGCCCAAAUACUACAAAUCUGUUAUUGGGAUCUGUAAUGUCCCUCAGUAGUGAAGAUAGAUGUUUCUAUAACCUUUUUCAAGUCAACAGAGCAUGAUCCUUUGCAAAGAGAAAUAGUAAGCCCUAUGCAGACAGUCAUGUGAUGAUUUUUAAUAGGGACUUACCUGCCUAAGGUAUGAUCUUUUUGUUUAUAUAAAAUGCCUGGCACUGCUUCAAAAGAGUAAAAUUAUGUUUGUGAUCAUUAUAUAAAUAAAUAUUCACACAUAAGAACUGCAUUAAAAACAUGAUCUGUCUUCUCCAUUCGAGAUGAACGCAUGAAAUGUCUACAUCAUUUUCGCAUGUUCCAAGUUGAACCCUCAACCAAGCUUCAAAGCCAGGAGCUUUUCAGACUUGUUAAGACUUGUCAAUUUUGUGUAACUUUAAGGUUUUCAUGGCCUGUUGACUGAACUGUGGUUUGAAUUUGUAGUCGUCUAUUCAGCAGCAUUUAAGUAAUGUAAGAACAAAUGUUAUUCACGCACAAGUAGUAUUCAUUUCAAUGUAUUUUUAUAUUCAUGGAAACUUAGAGUAGGGUCUAUUUAUUUAAGGUUGUGUUAAAUGCUGAUGGUAUUGAGCAGAUGUAUUGGACUGAUAGAUAUCUCAUUUAAUAUGAGUUAAAUAGUAAUGUAAGCGCAAUAACUAACUUUAAGGCUAAUACUGAUUUUUUUUUCAGCGGUGUCUAAGACAUUACUGGUAAAUCCCUUCCGAUGUAAACAUUGUAUGGUGCAAAUAAAUCAUUUUAUUGAUUUUACAA